CGCCCUGGUUCGCUUCACAGCCUACAUCCCACAAUUCCGUGCGUUCCCUAGCCUUUCGGGAGGACGUAAGGACGCUUCGCUGAGGCCUCAGAGCUCCGAGAUCUUCUUUAUUGUUGAAACUAGUCUGAGAGAUUUGCUCAGAGAUGGCAGACAUCAUUGAUGACAAAAUCAAGAACUACAGAACGGCUCCGUUCGACGCCCGUUUCCCCAACACCAACCAGACACGAAACUGUUUCCAAAACUACCUUGACUUUCACAGGUGUAAUAAGGCUUUGUCAGCGAAAGGUCAGGAGACGUCUCCGUGUGACUGGUACCAGAGAGUCUACAAGAGCCUGUGCCCCAUCAGCUGGGUGGAGAAGUGGGAUGGGCAGGUCCAGGAUGGAAGCUUCCCUGGAAAAAUCUGAAGGGGCAGCAGCACCUUUCAUCUUAAAGCUCCUGACCUUUUGUAGAUCACCUUAAUUUAACCAUGUGUCGCAUUGUGAGUUAAACCCUGAGGGCACGAGGUUGGCCUGAGACCUGAAUAUAACAUCUUGUGACCUUUGACCUACACUACUCGCAGGUCCACAGUGUUCAGCCGUGUGUUGCUCUGCUUCUCAUUUCCAUUGUUACAUAAUAAAGACGCACAAUGUUAACUUACGCCAUGUAUUACUUUCUGGAGUGAAGGAGUUGUGGUACAUUUCAUUGUUUUCAGUUGCAACAACACUUUUGUUGCUUUCUGCUAAACAAUAAAUAAAAUGUAUAGUUGUUCAAGAA